AUGAACGCGCAGGUGCUCGAGUGGGCUUUUGGGAAGCGCGUGACGCCAGCCGAGCGUCUGCGCAAGAAUCAGCGCAUGCUCGACAAGGCCAUUCGCGAGCUGGACCAGCAGCGCGUCAAGCUGGAGAAGCAGGAGAAGACGCUCGUCGCACAGAUCAAGCAAAGUGCCCAAAACGGACAGAUGGGCGCCUGCAAGAUUCAAGCCAAAGACCUGGUCCGAACAAGACGAUACGUUGAGAAGUUUUAUGGCAUGCGGAGCCAGCUGCAAAAGAUAUCACUUCGGCUUCAGACAUACCGGACAAACGAACAGAUGAUGCAAGCGAUGAAAGGUGCCACGAUGGCUCUCGGGAGCAUGAACCGCACCAUGAACCUACCCUCGCUCCAGCGGAUCGCGAUGGAGUUUGAGCGCGAGAACGACAUCAUGGACCAGCGACAAGAGAUGAUGGACGAUGCGAUAGACGAUGCCAUGGACGUCGGGGUGGAGGAGGAAGGUGACGAGGUGGUCGAACAGGUUCUGGAAGAGAUUGGGAUUGACCUAAACCAGGCUUUCGGAGAAACACCACAGGGCUUACAGUCGAAUGCCGUGCCGGAGGGACGAAUCGCGCAAGCCGUGGGUGGCGGCGACACUGGCGGCGGCAGCGGCGGCGGCGGCGAUGCAGGCGACGACGAUCUCCAAGCGCGCCUGGACAGUUUGCGGCGGUAG